GUCAAAAACCAAUAAUUCUAUAGGUACUUAUUUGAUUUUAGCUGAUUAUUUGAAAUGUCGAUAACAUGGACCAUUGUUUUGUUACUAAUUACUAUUUAUAGUAACACAGUGUCGAGUAAAGAAAGUGAAUUGUUGUCAGUGACAGUGUUAUUCCGACAUGGUUUUAGAACUCCUCGUUUUCUAUACAAAAAUGAUCCUUAUAAACAAGAGGCUUCAAAAAUAUGGCCGGAAGGUUUUGGAGAACUCACAAAUAUCGGUAAAAGAGAAGCGUUUGCUUUGGGACAAUGGUACCGUGAAAAAUACAGAAGUUUUAUACCAGAAAAAUACAACAGUAAUUUCCUAAGAGUGCUGUCUUCAGACAAAGAUAGAUGCUUGAUGUCAGCAGCUUGUAGCUUAGCAGGAUUGUAUCCGCCUAAAAAAGAACAAAUCUGGAACGAAAAUCUACAAUGGCAACCGAUCCCAAUCCAUACCAGACCAGUAUCAAUAGACGGUAUGGUAGCUGCAGAUGACAGACAUUGCAAAAAAUAUGACAGGCUCUACCAAGAAUUGAUGAAAUCGGAAAAUAGCAUAAACUUUUUUAAAUCCAAAUCGAGUAUUUUCGAAUACGUUUCCAAUCAUACAGGAGAGUCCAAGAGAACUUUUCUGGACAUAACCAAUUUUCACGACACACUAUUCAUUGAACAAAAUUAUAAUUUAACUUUGCCUAAUUGGACCAAAAAAGUUUUCCCGCAUAAAACUUUACCUUUAUUAACGAUGAGAUACGCCUUUGAUUCCAAAACUGUAGAACUAGGCAGACUAAAAUCUGGACUGUUACUCGAUUACAUAACAACAUUCUUUGAAGAUGUCUUACAAAAGCCUGCCACAUCCCAGAAAUUCCUGAUGAUAUCCACUCACGAUAGUACUAUAGCCAGGUUUUUGAAUAUUUUGGGAGCAUACGACUACACGUGGCCUGAAUACGCUUCGACUCUGGUUUUCGAAUUGAGACGAAAAGGAAAUAAUGAUUUUCUAAAGAUAUAUUUCAAAGAUAGCAAAAAAAUAAGAGAUAUCAAGCUACCUCGAUGUUCAUUAGAUUGUAAUUUUGAUGACUUCAAGAACAUCACUAAAAAUUUCAGGAUAAAUGACGAGGAAUGGGUAAAAGAAUGUUCUAGCGAUUGAAAAAAUUAUAUUUGUGUAAAUUUGUUAAUAAAAAAAAUUAAA